CAACCGAUAGGGAUUUUGUCAACGUGACUGGAAGGAUUCUCUCAUGGUCUCAACAGGACUGCCUGUAGUGGGUAAUAUAAAGCCGACCACGGGUUCACCGGCGUUUGUAGAACUUGAUCACCACCGAUACGAACAGAAAUAUGUCCACAGCGUCUUACUCGGAGAGGAUCACAAUGGAGCCCCUGGUCGCAGCUAUCGAUCAAGGCACAAGCUCGACGAGGUUUCUGGUGUUCAAUUCUAAAACGGCAGAGCUGCUUAGUCACCACCAGGUUGGGAUAAAGCAGAGUUUCCCUAAAGAGGGCUGGGUAGAAGAGGACCCUAAGGAGAUUCUUCAGUCAGUUUAUGAGUGUAUGGAGAGGACCUGUGAGAAGCUCGGCCAGCUCAACAUAGACAUCUCCAACAUUAAAGCUGUCGGCGUGACCAAUCAGAGAGAGACUACGCUGGUUUGGGACAAAGAGACUGGGGAACCGCUCUACAAUGCCAUUGUUUGGCUGGACCUUCGUACACAGUCCACAGUGGAGAGGCUGAUCAACAGCACCCCGGGAAAGAACAAGAACCAUCUGAAGCACAAGACCGGUCUGCCCAUCAGUACAUACUUCAGUGCUGUGAAGCUGCGUUGGCUCAUGGACAACGUGGAGGAGGUCGCCAAGGCUGUCCUGACACACCGAGCCAUGUUCGGCACCGUGGACUCCUGGCUUAUCUGGUGUCUGACAGGGGGGAAGAGUGGAGGGGUGCAUGUCACAGAUGUGACCAAUGCAAGUCGCACCAUGCUCUUCAAUAUACACACCCUGGACUGGGACCCCGAGCUCUGCAAAUAUUUUGAUGUCCCAAUGGAAAUUCUACCCCAAGUGAAGAGCUCCUCAGAAAUAUACGGUUCAAUGAACUCUGGUUCUCUGGCAGGAGUUCCCAUCUCCGGGUGUCUCGGGGACCAGUCCGCUGCUCUGGUUGGUCAGAUGUGCUUCCAGGAUGGACAGGCUAAAAACACGUACGGAACUGGCUGCUUCCUGCUGAGAAACACAGGGAUCAAGCCAGUGAUGUCGGAUCACGGCCUCCUGACCACACUGGCCUACAAACUGGGGAAGGACUCACCAGCCCACUACGCUCUUGAGGGGUCGGUGGCCAUAGCUGGCGCGGUGGUACGCUGGCUGAAAGAUAACCUGGGAAUCAUCCAAUCCUCCGCAGAGAUCGAGAAGCUGGCAGGUGAUGUGGGCUCGUCCUAUGGAUGUUACUUUGUUCCUGCCUUCUCCGGGCUGUACGCCCCCUACUGGGAGCCCAGUGCACGAGGUAUCAUCUGUGGCCUGACUCAGUUCACUAACAGAUCUCACCUGGCCUUCGCUGCGCUGGAGGCUGUCUGUUUUCAGACUAGAGAGAUCCUGGAGGCUAUGAAUCAGGAUUACGGGGUUCCUUUGACCCAGCUCCAGGUGGACGGAGGCAUGACCUCCAACAGACUACUGAUGCAGCUUCAAGCUGAUGUACUCUGCAUCCCCGUGGUGAAGCCGUCCAUGUCGGAGACCACGGCGCUGGGCGCCGCCAUGGCAGCAGGAGCAGCGGAGGGGGUGGGUGUCUGGAGUCUGACCCCUGGUAACCUCACAACCAUCCCCACUGACAAAUACCAACCCCUGAUCAAUCCUGAGGAGAGUGAGUUCCGGUACGCACGAUGGAAGAAGGCCGUCCAGAAGGCCAUGAAUUGGGAGACCACGGAGCCCAUCAGCAAUGGGAACGGCCCGGUGGGCAAUGGGAACGGCCCGGUGGGCAAUGGGAACGGCCCGGUGGGCAAUGGGAACGGCCCGGUGGGCAAUGGGAACGGCCCGGUGGGCAAUGGGAACGGCCCGGUGAGCAAUGGGAACGGCCCGGUCAGCAAUGGGAACGGCCCGGUCAGCAAUGGGAACGGACACCACUAGUAGGAUCUGAGCCAACACUAGGAACCGUUGAGGAUACAUAUGGAGUUGAAGAGAGGGGGAACAUACAGAAUGUAACACCCGUCCCUCCAUAGGUCCACAUGGCACCUACAUCUGAUGGCUGUUUGGGCAUGCUGUGGACUUUCCUUUCCUCCUGAGAGCAUUCCUAGUGCACAUCCUGUUGCCUCCUGUACAUGUACUCAGCCCCGUUCUCUUAGUCCCAUGGACAAGGUGUGAACCUUUAUCUUGGAAGAAAUGCCCAAAGAUGGAAUCAAUUGAUGGAAGUCGACUGUGUGUCUGAACUGUGAUGGAAGAGACUGAUUCUCCUGUGGAAGGAAAAAAAAACAUCCAAUCGUGUCUUGUUUUCUAUGAAUUGAUUAAGCAGAUGAUAUUUGAAUGUUUAUCUUGUUUGUUUGUCAUAUUUUGUGCAUCUUGUCAUUUUAACAAAUGGUGACACUGUACAUUUAAAAAAAACAAAAGACAAAUUAAUGACACUGGUUAGUAAUAGCGCCACCAUUGAACCAGUGUUGUGAGAAUGUUGUAGGCUACAUAUCUAUAAUGUGGAAUGGAAGGCCUGCUGAGAGAUGGUUUGAUACUCUGAUGAUCGUAGAUGUACCUAGUUAUAUGUGGGUCCACUUGAAGGAACCUCUGUAUGAAAAGUAUCGCAGGGUCCUUACAGCACUUUAUGAUUGAUUUAUGUGUGGAGUGCAUGAUCUGAGAACAGCACUUUAUAAUGAUUGAUUUACGUGUGGAGUGCAUGAUCUGAGAACAGCACUUUAUAAUGAUUGAUUUACGUGUGGAGUGCAUGAUCUGAGUACGACGCUCUGGAUUUUUAAAGGGACAUUUGUGUAUUUAAAAAAUAAUAAUGAAAUACCGAUAAAGCCUUUUUUAAAGGGAUCAUCAGUGUAUAAUGAAAGGUCUGUGAAACACAUUUACUUCAGUUGUAAAGUUGAAGUUUUAACUACAAAAUGCUUCAUAAGACCUAUUUUUUUUUUCUGUCGUUGAAGAAAAGUAUAUUACUUCCUAAUUAAUUUUUGGUCAUGAAUUGUCUUGUCCUUACAGCACUUUAUAAUGGGUGAUUUGCACGGGUACAAUGGGCUAAUGUAAAUGUUAAAACAUAAAGUCAAUCAACGGUAAUGUUUUUUGCUUUUUGCAAGAGAUUUAUUAUCAAUUGAUAAUUAAUUGGGGGGAUCAAUGUGAAGGCCUGAAUUGGGGGGAUCAAUGUGAAGACCUGAAUUGGGGGGGAUCAAUGUGAAGGCCUGAAUUGUGGGGGAUCAAUGUGAAGGCCUGAAUUGUGGGGGAUCAAUGUGAAGGCCUGAAUUGGGGGGAUCAAUGUGAAGGCCUGAAUUGGGGGGGAUCAAUGUGAAGGCCUGAAAUAACAGUGACAGAGGAAUCUAAAUGUAAACUGUACAAGAUGAUCUGUUUUGGUUAUUUAAUUUACUGAGAAAUGUCAACUUGUAAAAUUGUUGUAAAGAGGAAAUGAAUCUGUCCAAUGUGCUUCAUAUCCCAAAUGGCUGCUUUUCAGACAUUGAUACAGAGAAGCAUGGUAUGGACCUUGUUAUGUAUAAUGAUCUCAUACAUUUUCUGUAACGUCUGUAAUAUGAAAUCUAAAGCCCUCAUUCUGUGUAUGGAAAGGAAAGGACACUUGCCUUAAAGUUGUUUAAAAAUGUUUUAAACUACACAUUUCAUUUGAAUUGUUUCUGUUGUAAUGUUUUAUUUGAUUUGUCCUUGUUUUUGUCUUUUCCUGAAAAAUGGGUUUGGGUGCCUCUAUUCUGUUGUGCAAAGAAGAAUGUGACAAUGCACAUUGCAAUAAAGUUUUACUUUUUAAAAA